UCGCCGCAGGCUCAGUUGAAGGAAAUUUUCGGGGAAGAGUACGAGAUGUGUGUCGUGCGUGGCAUCAUUCUGGAGGAAUUGCAACCGCUGUCAACUUUGAAGACUGAGAGGGAAUGUGCGCAAGUGUUCUAUGAUAUUGUCCAAUGUCAUCAUUGGGCUUGGAAAUAUCCUCAAAUCCUUCAUCGCGAUAUCAGUGAGGGUAAUAUCAUGGUCCGCGAAAAGAAUGGGCAGAAAUACGGUGUAUUAAAUGAUUGGGAUCUUGCGAGCUGGUUGAACACGCAAAAUGAAGAGUCGACAUCCAAGUUCCGAAUGGGCACCAAACCGUACAUGGCGCAUGAACAACACUCGUCUCAGUGGCAAGGUCCACAUCGGUUCCGCCACGAUUUGGAGUCUGUCUUCUACGAUAUUCUCUUACUGGUUUCCCUUUAUUCCAGUCCUGCUGAGAAGGUCCGUUUUCCUUCUACUGGAGACCAUCGUUAUGAGAAGUGGCACAAAGAGGACGAUAGCUUUCUUGACGGGAGAAAAUCGAAGAUUAUUUACAAUGGGACGUGGCGAGCCUUCCCGCAGCCCUUCUUCAGCGGCUUCACUUUGUGGUUGGCCGCCCUUCAAGAAAAUUUGCGUCGUGGUAUCUUCAACCUUGAGAAUCACAAGUACGCAGUGUUAGCAGCAUCACGACCGCUCAAGCCAGGGAGGCGACCACCCAAGGUGCCAUUUUUUGACGAGGAUACCCUAGGCGGAAAUUUCUCAUACGAGAAAGUAGUUAUGAUCAUGCACCAGUUCAACCAAGAAGAACUCAAGACUUGGGGUCACGAGUGGCAAGUAACACUAGAGGAAGCAUCUUCUGAAGAUUGGGAGUCAGAAGAGUCGGAGGAAAGCUAA